AUGUAUCAAGCUUAUAAUGAAAAUCGUGUUUUGGACAAAGAUGGAAAUAUUGUUAAACAAAAAGAAACCUAUUCUAGCAUAGGGAUAACAUUUCGUAAUUUAUAUUGGUCAUUUUAUGGCUACCUUGCUCCUUGGGAUUACAAGCUUAUUGUGGGUAAUGCUGGGCCUAAUCAGGAGCCUACCGAACAUCCACUCACUAACUAUGCCGGUGAAAUCACAAUUGCUACAUUUCAUGUUGCUGUUGUAGUAACUUUAUUGAAUUUAAUGAUUUCCAUGUUAGUUCGAACGGCUGAUACAGUUCAGAAAAAUGAAGAUAUGGAAUGGAAAUUCACUCGUUGUCAAAUUUAUGCGGAAUAUUUCGAAUGGUUUACCGCCAUUCCACCACCAUUCAAUCUCAUUUACAAUACCACAUAUGGAUUAUAUAGAGCAUUCUCAAAUGAAUUCAAAUUUGUUUAUCCCGAUUUAUGGAUUCCAAUUAAGAUUUGGAAGCCAUCGCUAAACGAUGUUAUUGCACAGGAUUUAUUAUACCUAAAGUUACUGAGAGUAUUAUUCGAGCGUUAUCGAUUUGCCGAAGAAUAUCACUAUCAAACGGUAAUGAAGAAUGAUGCCGAUCGAUUCAUUGAUAAGGAAAAAUACGUAUGCUAA